UUGACGUCGCAGCCCGGCUGUGUUGUCAUUCGGCGGCAGCUAGAGGACACGGUUAAGAUGGCGGGGGUGUCUGGGCUGGUACGGAGACCCCUUCCGCAGGUUUGCGGACUGCUGAGGAGGCGCUUUCACCGGACGGCGCCGGCGGCGCUGCAGGUGACAGUUCGUGAGGCUAUAAAUCAAGGCAUGGAUGAGGAGUUGGAAAGAGAUGAGAAGGUAUUUCUGCUUGGGGAAGAAGUUGCCCAGUAUGAUGGGGCAUACAAGGUUAGUCGAGGCCUAUGGAAGAAAUAUGGGGAUAAGAGGAUUAUAGACACACCCAUAUCUGAGAUGGGCUUUGCUGGAAUUGCAGUAGGUGCAGCUAUGGCUGGGUUGCGGCCCAUUUGUGAAUUUAUGACCUUCAAUUUCUCUAUGCAAGCUAUUGACCAGGUUAUAAACUCAGCUGCCAAGACCUACUACAUGUCGGGAGGCCUUCAGCCUGUGCCCAUAGUCUUCAGGGGGCCUAAUGGUGCCUCAGCAGGUGUCGCCGCCCAGCACUCACAGUGCUUUGCUGCCUGGUAUGGUCACUGCCCAGGCUUAAAGGUAGUCAGCCCCUGGAAUUCAGAGGAUGCAAAAGGACUCAUUAAAUCAGCCAUUCGGGAUAACAAUCCAGUGGUGAUGCUAGAAAAUGAAUUGAUGUAUGGAGUUCCUUUUGAAUUUCCUUCAGAAGCACAGUCAAAAGACUUUCUGAUUCCUAUUGGAAAAGCCAAAAUAGAAAGGCCAGGGACACAUAUAACUGUAGUUGCCCAUUCGAGACCUGUGGGCCAUUGCUUAGAAGCUGCAACAGUGCUGUCUAAGGAGGGAAUUGAAUGUGAGGUGAUAAAUAUGCGGACCAUCAGACCAAUGGAUAUUGAUACAAUAGAAGCCAGUGUCAUGAAGACCAAUCAUCUCAUAACUGUGGAAGGGGGCUGGCCACAGUUUGGAGUAGGAGCUGAAAUUUGUGCCAGGAUCAUGGAAGGCCCUGCAUUCAACUUCCUGGACGCUCCUGCCGUUCGUGUCACCGGUGCUGACGUGCCUAUGCCUUAUGCCAAGAUUCUAGAAGACAACUCUGUACCUCAGGUUAAAGACAUCAUAUUUGCAAUAAAGAAAACGCUGAAUGUCUAGUUUGGACUUGAAUGUCAAGUCAUUGGGAUUUAUUUAAAGUACUUGCUGACACUACCUGGAUUGACCUUAUGAUACAUAAAUGUUUUUGUACAGGGAAGAGGUUUAAAUGUGCUCGUAUGUGGAAAAACUCCAUUCUUACUGCCUGAGACUACAUGCCUGUUUUUUGUCUUUACAAUUGCCGUUUCUUUGAAUAAGACCAAUGUAAAAUUGUACCCUCUCACUGGAAGGACAGGGUGUGACAGUGGCAGAAUCCUGAUGAAAGAUUUAUCCAAAAAAAGGCAACUAUAUGUAAAAAUAAUAGCAUAUGAUCUACAUUUCCUGUUACAUUGUUUUGAUAAGGAAUAAAGGAAUUCCUAACUAUGA